CUUUUCCUUUCUGUUGUCUUCAGCAAUGAAAGACUUUAAGGUGACGGUGAGGCGUACAGAGGCUUCUGAGAGAUGCAGCCUGAAAGGAACAGUGCUGUUACGGACUGAUUUUGAUAGCCUCCUUCUGAAGGAACCGAAGACGGGAGAGGUUCUCUACUCCUGGCCCUAUCGCUUCCUCCGCAGGUUCGGACGAGACAAGGCAACAUUCUCCUUUGAGGCUGGGCGAAGAUGCGACUCGGGGGAAGGCAACUUUGAGUUCGACACAAAGCAAGGAAACAGCAUCUUCCAAUCUGUAGAGGCCGCCAUCAAUCUACACAAAGUCAAUUUACCUCAGAAGCAGAUAUCAAGUGGGGAGCGAGAUACCAUGCCCCCUUCACCUCAAAUGAGAGCUGUGGCAGAGAAUGCAGGUAUCUACAGUGUGGUGACUGACGGAGCAAUCAGAGACGGACCCAAACAACCACAGAAUCCUCAGCAAACCAGACUUGAAGCCCCUGCAGAGAAACUUCUGACCGGAGUCAAGAGUCUGACCCUGGACACCAGGCCUCCACCGCGAAAGAGCCAGGUCAAGAACUUCCGCAGCUGUCCUUUGGUCAACAGUGAGGAUGAGAUGUAUUCCCGGGCCAUGGCCCCUGAUCCAGAUCGGGGAAGUCCAGGGGAGAAGAGAGAACCAAAAGAACGACGUGCCACAUGCUCCAACCCUGAGGACUCUGACUACUCGCUGCCCUUUGACACCAUUGCCAAGAAUGUUAUGGGAGACAUUUUGUCUGCAUCAAACCCUCCACCCAUGUUCGUAGAACCCAGUUGUGAAAAUGACAAGAAAGGCAAUAUAGAAAACACAGAACCACUUUAUGACAUUAUAGAUGAAACUGCAAUCAGAACCCGUUACUCAAACAGAAAAACACAUUCUUACAAACGAGUGGAGCACAUUUAUGAUGAACCAGAGGGUUGUGGUGUGGCCCCAAGUGUGCCUCCAUCGCUCUAUGAUGAACCGGAGGAGGUCAAAGGUCAUGCUUGGAAGAUGUUGGGUACAGUAAUGGAUCCGAGCGGUCAUGAGUACCCAUACAAUGCUUCUGCCGACGACUAUGCUGUUCCUAAACCUCCCAGGAGGGCCUUGCUUUCAAAGCAGAAGGACAACGAGGAAGAGGACAGUUCACCCUAUGAUAACAUUAUGGUGAAAGGAGUGCAAAAGAAUAACUAAGGACUGCUUCAGAAUCUAAAGAGGACAAUAAAGUUAAAUAUAAGUGAGUGUGCGAAUGAAUGAAUUAAAUAUUUAAUCAAUUAAUAUGCAUAAUAUGGAUAAUAGUCAUCAGAGUGCUUUACUGUUCUUCAAAAAGCUGUGAUCUGCAACACGUAUCAUGAUGUUGGUCAAUAUGAUUAACAGUUCAAUUCCUCUGGGGAUGAAUCACUGUAGCCUAACUUUAACCAAAUGCGCUAAAAUUGCACUGUAAUGCGAAUGUUUAAAUUGUCAUUAUUUGAAUCACAGACACACUUUUUAUGUAAAUGAGGCUUGUUUUAGAACAUGCAUCAUUGUUUGUAGUGUUAUUAACAUUGCGCUAUAUUGAUCAUGUGAAUGUUUAUUCUUCAAAUGAUGGUAAAGUGUGAAAUUAUAGCUGUUUAUUCAAACGAGCACAAUUUUGGCUGUUUAAGUGCACCCAUAAUCCAUAAUCAUCUAAAUGCACAAAAAUAGCCAUAUGCAGUGAAUAUUCUUUGUGCAAACACUCCUCUUUUUGUGUAAAUUAGGCUAAUUAUAUACAACAGCUUUUUCACAACAUGCAUUGCUAUUUUCCAGCGCAAUUAACAUUGCAUUAUAUUGAUCAGGUGAACAUUUAUUUGUAAAAACUUUAUUUAUAUAGAGCACACUUUUGGAUUUUUAAAG